CAAGUACCAUACCUUAACCUUAACCGAUUGCGCCAAGAACGGAGCGGAAUAGUUUACAGCUGAGCGACAUCGUUCGUUCGAACUGCAAGGCCGAAUAUUGAGGCAUGCCUAGUGCGAUGGAAUCGGCCGAUUUCCGUGAUCACCAAUUCACGCUCCGUUCUUCCGGCUGUCAUCGAUUAGCCUGUAUCUUAUCAUACCGUCGUCCCUCCCCCCAAAAACUGGCUCGCCAUCGCCGAAUCAGGAAAUCAUCGCCCGCUAGUUCGGCCCCGGUUCUUAUCUCUCUCUCUCGAGCGCUCGGUCCGUAACCAAAACGCGAUGAAACGAAGCCUCAAUCCACGCGCGGCCCUUUACUUGCCCGGUUAAUGUGUUUUCGGUCUUCAACCGUAGGUGUCUGUUCAGCCGACGCAUCAGCCCGACGAUCGGUUGCGCGGUCCUUGUGAUCCGACGCCGCCGGUGCCGCGGGAAUGCAAUUCCUUCGCGACAGUCUCUCGUUUUCGUUCAGUAGCCAGCAAGGAAACAAUCGACAAGAGGCGGCAGCGGCAGCGGCUACUCAGGAUCCCACGCUCUUCGGCGCAAACGGUUCGACGAAGAAUGAUGGCACCACCACACCGACCGUUUCGCAGGGAAGCGAUGGUUCCAAGUAUGACACGGUACGAUCGAAAGUACCGGUCAAUCUGGGCAGUCCACCGUCGGCGUACAGUACCCCGUUCCAGAGUCCGAUCAUCGCGAGCCGCACCUUUCCGACACUGACGGAGGCGGCCAGCACGCUGGCGAACAGUGGCGCAGCACGAUCAGGAAGUAUGGCGUCAAAUCUGCAAGGUGGUAGUAAGCCGGAGCGAAGCAGCAAAGUGUACUUCAUCGAUCAGGGACAGCUGCAACCGCCCGAGUAUGAGCUACCGGAACGGCCCUCAGCCCUCAACGGUGACGGUGGGAUCGUUAAUCCAGGCUUCACUAAUGAUAGUAGUGGUGCCACGAUGAUCAACAUGUCCGGAUCGCAACCGAGCGUUAUCCGGGAACAAUACUGGACCUGGUCAUGCCGUUGCCCGCGCGAGCUGACACCCCGGGAAAAGGGACUGCUGAUAGUGAUCUUCAUUCUAGUGCUGAUCGUUGGAGGUCUCGCAACAUAUCUGGGAAUUGUGGUGGAUAGUGAUGGUGAUGUUUUGCCAGGUGGUAUACUAACGAACAACAUUCUACUACCGGCGUCUGCUACUCAGGAGUGAAGCACCUGCUGGUUACUGGUCAUAAGCAACCGAUCCAUGGCUGGUACAGGAUCAUGGGGAGUCUGGUGUUGGAUGAAUAAACGAUCGUACAACGAACACUAUUAACAUAAGACUGCGUAGAACCGGAGCCGUAUGGAGGCUGAAAGGAACCGCACCACCGCUCUAGGCUCAUAGUAUUUCUAAUGAUGCCACACAUUUUACCCCUCAUUUACUAAACCCUCUAACACACAGCCGCAGUCAGUGCUAUAUACCUAAGAUACGAAAAACUCUCUUGCAUUGUUAAGGAUGAAAAGGUAAUAAACCUCUCUUUUUACACACAUUAGCUUUUAACCACUGACU